CAUCCUUCCCCACUUUCUCUCUCUCUCCCUCUCUGUUUCUCCGACCACCUCUCUGUUUCUCCGACCAAUUUUGAGUUAAAAAGACAAGAUCAAAUUGACUUUCUGGCAAGAAAAAAGAGAGAAUGGAUUACAACCCAAAUCUUCCGUUAAGCAGCGGAGGUGGGAGUAUGCGGCGAAGCAUAAGCCGGAGCGUGAGCAGAGCCAGCAGAAACCUCGAAGACAUCUUCUCCGCCGGCGGUUCGAGACGCACGCAGUCGGUCAACGACGACGAAGAGGCUCUCAAAUGGGCUGCCAUCGAGAAACUGCCCACCUACAGCCGCCUCCGCACCACCCUCAUGACCGCCGUUGUGGAGGACGACGUCUACGGCAAUCAGCUCCUCAGCAAGGAGGUCGACGUCACCAAGCUCGACGGCGAGGACCGCCAGAAGUUCAUCGACAUGGUCUUCAAGGUCGCCGAGCAAGACAACGAGCGGAUCUUGACCAAGCUCAGGAACAGGAUCGACAGGGUCGGUAUCAAGCUCCCAACGGUCGAGGUCAGGUACGAGCACUUGACCAUCAAAGCCGACUGCUACACCGGAAACAGAUCUCUCCCAACGCUUCUCAACGUCGUCAGGAACAUGGCAGAGUCUGCUCUGGGAAUGGUCGGCCUUGAGUUUGCCAAGAAAGCUCAGCUCACCAUCCUCAAAGACAUCUCUGGCAGCGUCAAGCCCUCCAGGAUGACCCUCUUGUUGGGUCCCCCUUCUUCCGGUAAGACCACUCUUCUCCUGGCUCUCGCCGGCAAACUCGACAAAGCCCUCCAGGUCUCUGGUGAUAUCACCUACAACGGUUACCGCCUCGACGAGUUUGUUCCCCGGAAAACCUCUGCCUACAUUAGCCAGAACGAUCUCCACGUCGGCAUCAUGACCGUUAAGGAGACUCUUGAUUUCUCCGCCAGGUGCCAAGGCGUUGGUACCCGUUACGAUCUGUUGAACGAGCUCGCAAGGAGAGAAAAAGACGCUGGGAUAUUCCCUGAAGCCGAUGUUGAUCUCUUCAUGAAAGCCUCCGCUGCUCAAGGUGUUAAGAGCAGUCUCAUCACUGAUUACACUCUCAAAAUUCUUGGGCUUGACAUAUGCAAGGACACCGUAGUUGGAGACGACAUGAUGAGAGGUAUCUCCGGAGGACAGAAGAAACGUGUCACCACCGGUGAGAUGAUUGUGGGGCCUACUAAAACGCUGUUCAUGGACGAGAUAUCCACAGGUCUGGACAGCUCCACCACUUUCCAAAUCGUCAAGUGCCUUCAGCAGAUCGUUCACCUCACAGACGCCACCGUGCUCAUGUCUCUCCUCCAGCCUGCUCCUGAGACCUUUGACUUAUUCGAUGAUAUCAUCUUGCUGUCCGAGGGUCAGAUCGUGUACCAAGGCCCCAGAGACCACAUUCUCGACUUCUUUGAGAGUUUUGGCUUCAAGUGUCCCGAGAGAAAAGGAACCGCUGAUUUUUUGCAAGAGGUCACCUCCAAAAAAGAUCAGGAACAAUACUGGGUGGACCGGAACAGACCUUACCGCUACAUUCCAGUUUCAGAGUUUGCCAGCAGAUUCAAGGGCUUCCACGUCGGAAAGCAGCUUUCCAACGAGCUCUCAGUACCGUACGAAAAGUCUCGCGGCCACAAAGCAGCUCUUGUGUUCGACAAGUACUCAGUCUCUAAGAGGGAGCUUCUCAAGAGCUGCUGGGACAAAGAGUGGCUGCUCAUGCAGCGGAACGCCUUUUUCUACGUCUUCAAGACCGUGCAGAUCAUCAUCAUCGCAGCAAUCACGUCUACCCUCUUCCUCAGAACCGAAAUGAACACGAAUAACGAGGCUGAUGCCAACCUCUACAUCGGAGCAUUGCUGUUUGGAAUGAUCAUCAACAUGUUUAAUGGGUUUGCGGAGAUGGCUAUGAUGGUCUCGAGACUUCCGGUGUUCUACAAACAGAGGGACCUCCUGUUUUAUCCGUCCUGGACGUUCACCCUUCCCACCUUCUUGCUCGGGAUUCCAACCUCGAUCUUCGAAUCCACAGCAUGGAUGGUGGUGACUUAUUAUUCCAUCGGUUUUGCACCUGACGCAGGCCGCUUCUUCAAGCAGUUUCUCUUGGUGUUUUUGAUUCAACAAAUGGCUGCUGCACUCUUUAGGUUGAUUGCUUCUGUGUGCAGAACCAUGAUGAUAGCUAAUACUGGUGGUGCUCUCACUCUGCUUCUCGUCUUCUUGCUCGGGGGCUUCCUUCUUCCACAUGGUGAGAUUCCUGAGUGGUGGAGGUGGGCCUACUGGAUAUCUCCUCUCACCUACGCUUUCAGCGGUUUAACGGUCAAUGAAAUGUUUGCUCCUAGAUGGAUGAACAAAAAGGCUUCUGACAAUAGCACAAAUCUCGGAACCAUGGUGCUUAAUAAUUGGGAUGUCCACAAUAAUAAAAACUGGUACUGGAUUGCAGUUGGAGCCUUGCUUGGUUUCACAGUCCUCUUCAACCUUUUAUUCACUUUUGCACUUACCUAUCUCAACCGUAAGUUCUUGUGGAUAUUUAUGUUUGCAUCUACCAAGCGAAAAACAAAUAGACUAAUUAAUAUGUACCUUGUAACUACAGCUCUUGGGAAGAAGUCUGGUUUACUUCCAGAAGAAGAAAAUGAAGACUCGGAUCAGAGGAAAGAUCCAAUGCGUAGAUCUCUGUCUACUGCAGAUGGGAACAAAAGAGAAGUCGCAAUGGGGAGAAUGGGUAGGAAUGCAGACUCUGCGGCUGAAGCAUCCAGCGGUGGAGGCAAUAAGAGAGGAAUGGUUCUUCCUUUCACUCCUCUGGCUAUGUCCUUUGACGAAGUCAGAUACUUUGUUGACAUGCCUGCGGAAAUGAGGGAACAAGGAGUUACAGAAAACAGGCUGCAACUGCUUAAAGGUGUGACAGGUGCUUUUAGGCCAGGAGUGUUGACUGCACUCAUGGGGGUGAGUGGUGCAGGCAAGACAACACUAAUGGACGUUUUGGCCGGAAGGAAAACAGGCGGAUAUAUCGAAGGAGAUGUGAGAAUAUCAGGAUUCCCAAAGGUUCAAGAGACAUUUGCUAGAAUCUCAGGGUACUGUGAGCAGACUGAUAUUCACUCCCCGCAAGUCACAGUGAGAGAAUCCCUGAUUUUCUCGGCUUUCCUUCGGCUUCCAAAAGAAGUCGGCAAAGAGGAGAAGAUGAUGUUUGUGGACCAAGUGAUGGAAUUGGUAGAGCUGGACAGUCUGAGAGACUCCAUCGUGGGUUUACCAGGAGUAACGGGGCUCUCAACGGAGCAGAGAAAGAGGCUGACAAUCGCGGUGGAGCUUGUAGCCAACCCUUCAAUCAUCUUCAUGGACGAGCCGACUUCAGGGCUGGAUGCGAGAGCAGCAGCUAUCGUGAUGAGGGCAGUUAGGAACACGGUGGACACAGGAAGAACCGUGGUGUGCACCAUCCACCAGCCGAGCAUUGAUAUCUUUGAAGCGUUUGAUGAGUUGAUGUUGAUGAAGAGAGGAGGACAAGUGAUCUACGCGGGUCCAUUGGGUCGAAACUCUCACAAGGUGGUGGAGUACUUCGAAGCCUUCCCAGGAGUGCCCAAGAUUCCAGAAAAGUAUAACCCGGCCACUUGGAUGCUUGAAGCAAGCUCACUAGCCGCAGAGUUAAAGCUUGGAGUUGACUUUGCAGAGUUGUACAAGUCAUCCGCCUUACACCAGCGGAACAAAGCGUUGGUGAAAGAACUGAGUGUACCACCGGCAGGUGCGUCUGAUCUCUACUUUGCAACACAGUUCUCGCAGAACACAUGGGGACAGUUCAAAUCAUGCCUAUGGAAGCAGUGGUGGACGUAUUGGAGAUCCCCAGACUACAACCUAGUCCGGUUCAUCUUCACACUGGCAACAUCUCUCCUCAUUGGUACCAUAUUCUGGCAAAUCGGAGGAAACAGAUCCAACGCAGGGGACCUGACGAUGGUGAUAGGAGCACUGUAUGCGGCAGUUAUCUUUGUUGGGAUAAACAAUUGCUCGACGGUACAGCCGAUGGUGGCAGUGGAGAGGACUGUGUUCUACAGGGAAAGGGCUGCAGGAAUGUACUCAGCCAUGCCAUACGCCAUCUCCCAGGUCACCUGUGAGCUGCCUUAUGUCCUGGUGCAGACCACUUACUACUCACUCAUCGUUUAUGCCAUGGUUGGGUUCGAGUGGAAAGCCGCCAAGUUCUUCUGGUUCCUCUUUGUCAGCUACUUCUCUUUCCUCUACUGGACCUACUACGGCAUGAUGACCGUCUCCCUCACACCGAACCAGCAAGUCGCUUCUAUCUUCGCCUCUGCUUUUUACGGCAUUUUCAACCUCUUCUCGGGCUUCUUCAUCCCAAGACCCAAAAUCCCCAAGUGGUGGAUCUGGUACUACUGGAUCUGCCCCGUCGCAUGGACCGUCUAUGGUUUGAUCGUCUCACAGUACGGAGACGUCGAGACACCUAUCACCGUCCUCGGAGGUCCUCCAGGCCUCACCGUCAAGCAAUACAUUGACGACACUUAUGGCUUCCAGUCUGACUUUAUGGGACCUGUCGCUGCAGUCCUUGUCGGCUUCACCGUCUUCUUCGCCUUCAUCUUCGCCUUCUGCAUCAGAACUCUCAACUUCCAGACCAGAUAAACCUAUGUGAUGAUAUACAAUAUGUGCAUAACACAUGCUGCUCUCUGUUCUUCUACCAUGUAUUCUAGAGCCAAAUAUGAUUUUUAAUUUUUUUUUUAAUUAUUAAUUAUUAUAGUCGUGUAGAUGAUGACGAAACAGAUGUAAUAUAACUCCCACCUUUUUUUUUGUUUGUUGA